CCCAAUACAGUUUCCAACCACAAACUCGUAGCUUCGGCUUCGGCCAUUCAUUGGUUUCCAUCACGUCUAAACCCUAAGCAUGGCGGGAGGUAAAAUCAUGAAGGAAAAGCCCCGUCGUGGAUCCUCUACAUCGGCCAACCCACACUUCCAGGGAGGCAUACCGUUCCACAAGUCAAAAGGUCAGCACAUACUGAAGAACCCUCUUUUGAUAGACACCAUCAUCCAGAAAUCUGGCAUCAAGAGCACGGAUGUCAUUCUGGAGAUUGGUCCCGGUACGGGUAAUCUUACAAAGAAGCUUCUGGAAGUGGGCAAAUCUGUAAUUGCUGUCGAGUUGGAUUCUCGAAUGGUUCUUGAAUUGCAGCGGAGGUUUCAGGGGACUCUUUUAUCUAAUCGGUUGAAGGUUAUCCAAGGAGAUGUGCUCAAAUGUGAUCUUCCAUAUUUUGAUAUAUGCGUGGCAAAUAUUCCGUAUCAAAUCUCUUCUCCUCUAACGUUCAAAUUGUUAUCUCAUCGACCAUUAUUCAGAUGCGCUGUGAUAAUGUUCCAGAGGGAAUUUGCCAUGAGAUUAGUUGCUCAGCCUGGUGACACUCUCUACUGCCGCCUUUCAGUGAACACUCAACUGUUGGCUCGCAUUUCCCAUUUACUAAAGGUUGGGAGGAAUAACUUCCGGCCUCCACCAAAAGUUGAUUCAUCUGUAGUUAGAAUCGAGCCAAGGAAACCACUUCCUAAUGUGAAUUUUAAAGAUUGGGAUGGAUUAGUCCGAAUAUGUUUCAAUAGAAAGAACAAAACUCUUGGUUCGACUUUUAGACAGAAGACUGUUCUCUCAUUCUUGGAGAAGAACUACAAGACCUUGCAGGCAUUAAAGCUUUCACAGGAAGGAUCAUUAGAGGAUACAGAGAUGGCAAUGGUUGUAUCUGCUUUGGGAGUUACCCUUGAAGAUAUGAGUAUGGAAGUUGAUGAUGGAGACGAUGAAGAUAUAGAGAUGGACAAUGGUGACACCAAAGGAUCUGACUUUAAGAAGAAGGUAUUAGGUGUGUUGAAGGAAGGAGAUUUUGAAGAUAAGAGAUCUUCCAAGCUCACACAAGCAGACUUUAUGCACCUCCUCUCAUUGUUUAAUAAGUCUGGAAUACAUUUUUCUUGAUCCAAAGCCUGAUUAGUUUUGUUUGCGCCACGGUCUGUCUUAUCUCGAUAGUUUUAUCUUUGGACGUUUAAGUGUGGAAAUGGGGUUUUGUUGAGAUGACUUCUUUUUUUGGUCGUGAUUGUUGAGAUGACAUUAGUGAAAGUUUAUUAAUUGUCAUUUUGCGAAGAGUAUGAA